AAGAUGUGAAGCAUUGAGAUCCUAAAAAAAUUAAGUGUCCUGCUAACAUAUAUGCCAACCAGUCAAUUUAUUCUCCAUUGAGUGUGUUGCACAACAAUUAAAUGUGUUUUAGAAGCAAGGAAAAAAAAGGAAGAAAAGCUGAAUAAAAAUAUUUCUCAUGCCCAGAAUCUCCAACCUGCUGACACUUGCACAGAAGAGACUGCAGCCAAGCAGGUUUCAUUUAAGCUGCAACACAAAGAAUUGAACUGAAAUAACCAAUAUCACCAAUAAUCGAAAAAUAAAGAGCAAUGUCAUGGUAGUUGUUUUUGAUGGAUGACAACAUACUAACUGUUUCGAGAUCAUGUGUAAAGAUGUGAGUAAAAUUCUGAAGAAGUUCACCUCCUUUGAUGCUUGACGGAUGCGAUGUCAAAGUAAAUUGAAUGUUUGUGCUGCCAGGCUUUGAUCUGCUGGAGGAGUUUCGAGUGCCUGAGGCGACUGGCGUGAGGAGAGUGGACGGAUCACAACCAGAGGCUGUUGCCUAUCGUGUAAAUCCCUCCAUCCAUCUACAAAAGGCUGUAAGGGAUGUUUAUCCAGAUGGACUUCCCUCCGAGUACUCCAUCAUUGCAACAUUUAAGGUGACAAAUGACACUGCUCAGGCAUCGUGGAAUCUGUGGGAAGUCAGCGACCCAGAGGGACAAGAGAAGGUUGGCUUGCGUUUCCAUAGCAACGCACGCUUGUUAGACUUUUUCUACACCAGUCCCCAUGGGAGCCACAUGUUGCGGUCCUUUCAUGGCGUGGAAAAGUUGUUUGAUGGUGAGUGGCAUAAGCUGGCUCUGAGUGUGACAGGCAGACAGGUGAGGCUGCUGAUAGACUGCGAGGAGGUCAGAGUGGAGCCGAUUGAUGAGCCAAGACCUGUCAUACGCCAAGGAUAUACCUCCAUUGUCAAGAGGGCUAUAGGAGACCGCUCAAUGUCGCUGGAUCUCCAGCAGAUGAAAGUGUCAUGUGAUCCAGAGCAGGCCUAUUCAGAAGGCUGCUGUGAGCUUUCUAAUGCACAGUGUGGAGGAUAUGCAGAAAUAGGUUUAACCGGUGCAAGAGCGUCAUGCAAAUGUCUGCAUGGACAACCUGGCAUUCAGGGCCCCCCAGGGACAAAGGGCCAUCGGGGUCUUCCAGGAAAUACCGGUGACCCAGGAAGACAAGGAAAUUGGGGAAUCCGAGGAAAUGCAGGAGACUAUGGAAACAUUGGUGAAACUGGACCAAAGGGUGAACAGGGAAUCCGAGGCGAGAAAGGGAUGAGAGGAUCCUGGGGCCAAGUGGGGGACAGAGGUCCAAAGGGACUGAAAGGACUGAAGGGUGCAGCAGGAUUCAAGGGAGUUCAAGGACCACCAGGAGAUAUUGGAGACACAGGAAAACCAGGAGAGAUUGGAAUUAAAGGUGUCAAAGGAUAUGCAGGGAUUCCUGGAUUUCAAGGUGUUAAGGGUCAAACAGGGCCCACUGGUGCAACGGGUCGGGCGGGACCAAGAGGAAAGCAGGGUAUUGUGGGGGAUCCUGGAGAAAGAGGAGCUUCUGGAGAGAAAGGAAAGGCGGGUGCCAACGGACCAGUGGGGAGAACUGGCACUAUUGGAGCAAAAGGUAUUCUUGGAGAUCCAGGUUUACCAGGCAGAGAUGGUGAUCCCGGAAUAGAGGCCUAUCAAGGACCGCAAGGCCCCAGUGGAAAACAUGGACAAAGCGGAGCCAAGGGGGAAAAAGGUGCCCAGGGGCCAGCAGGAGAAAUGGGCCCCCAAGGUCGAACUGGCCCAAGAGGCUACAAGGGUUCAGCAGGGAAGCCAGGAAGACCUGGAUUUAUUGGCCCACCUGGGCCUACUGGUCACGUGGGUGUGCCUGGAAAACCAGGAGCAAAGGGUGACACAGGAAUCCAGGGCACAAAAGGAGCCAGAGGUGCACAGGGGGAAAAAGGAGUUAAAGGACCCAAAGGAAAGGUUGGAGACAGAGGGGAGCAGGGUCCUCAGGGAGGACGAGGAAAGCGUGGCCCUGCAGGCCCAACUGGUCGUUCUGGUCCAGUUGGACUAAAGGGAGUCCGAGGUGAAGGUGGACCAGAUGGGUUUCAGGGGCUCCCAGGCCCACCAGGCCAAACACUCUCAGCUGAGCACGUGAUCGAAGUUUGUAAGAAAGUUGCUCUGGAGCAGAUGUCCACCUUUGCAAACUCAGUGAAAAGAACGUGCGCUGCCGUUUGUCCUCUUUACGGAGACGUUCCCCUGGGUGCCCCGGGUCCCCCUGGACAGAAAGGACCGCCAGGACCUCCAGGGGAGCCUGGUAUUGAUGGCGUUGAUGGAGAAAUGGGUCCACCAGGAUUCUACGGAGAAGCUGGAGAGCCAGGCCGCCAAGGAGAACUAGGUGGCAGAGGAGAGCGGGGUGACAAAGGAGCCAAGGGUUACAGCAUUCUUGGCUACACAGGAGAUCAAGGACCAAUGGGUCAGCGUGGCCGUCCUGGCAGAGCCUUUAACGGCCAACCUGGCAAACCAGGCGACAGAGGACAUGUAGGGCGGCCUGGACUCAGGGGCCACGCAGGUCUGAGGGGACCUCCAGGUGUCUGUGUCGCCUCUGGGUGUUUUCAGCCAAACCCCAUUAGUGGGACACCUCGGCCAGCUCCACGGAGGACAAGGAUUCGCACUUAAAAAAAGAAAGCAAUGGCUGUGUGGACGAUAAAACUUAAGAAGACUAAGUGUGUUAAAGGCGAAAUGUGAUGCUUAAAGCUUUUGCAUGUAAAUAUGAAAAAUAAACAGAGUUCUUGAUAACUAUAA